AUGAUGGACGUUGCGGAGGCUUGUAAGGUUAGAGCUGGUGUAGUCUAUGGUGGUGGAACGGGCCCAUAUCGGACAACUGGACAUCCCUGCGAGGUCAUUGAAGUCAUAGCCAAACGCAGACUGUGUGAAGGCUCAAUCGGCAAGUUUCUUCAUGAUGCACUUCAGCCACGGUAUGGUGGUAGGGAGUUACCGAUGGCACUUGGUGGAGUUUUUCUUUUGGAACACAGUGGUGCUAAGUACCAUGUUUUCUCUGAGUUGCCUAGCGAACCUUAUCACACGUUCCCUGACCUCAAGGACUACUUGAAGUACUACGAAAUGAAGGAACCCAUCAUUGGUAUGGGUACGGUGAUUUCCCAUGAUCCGGAGGAUUUGGACUUGCGCAUGCACUCCUUCCACAUAUACAACGUAGAGCGCAACGUGGCUGGCCAUUUCGAAACAGAUACGGACCCCGAGGCGGCAUCGUACAGAAUAUAUCUGCAUCCGGCAUCACAUAUAUGCCGCAUGGACAAGCCCGUAUACCCGUAA